CGCCGCUGCCGCCAUGGGCAUUCUGGACAGGCUGAGGAAGGACUGGUUCAUGCUGGGCAUCGUCCUGGUCAUCACCGUCGCCAAGCUGGAGCCGGCCUUUGGGGUGAAGGGGGGACCAUUGAAACCAGAAAUCACCAUCACAUAUAUAGCUGUCUCUGCUAUAUUCUUCAAUAGUGGACUAUCCCUGAAAACAGAGGAGCUGACAAGUGCUUUGAUGCAUGUAAAAUUGCAUCUUUUUGUACAGAUCUUCACACUUGUGUUCUUCCCAACAGUUAUAUGGCUGUUUCUUCAGCUCCUAUCUAUUACAUCUAUAAACGAAUGGCUUUUAAAAGGUUUGCAGACAGUAGGCUGCAUGCCUCCACCAGUAUCAUCAGCAGUGAUUUUAACUAAAGCUGUUGGGGGGAAUGAGGCAGCUGCUAUAUUUAACUCAGCCUUUGGAAGUUUUUUGGGCAUUGUUAUAACUCCUUUGCUCCUACUGCUUUUUCUUGGAUCCUCCUCUUCUGUGCCUUUUUCAUCUAUAUUCUCACAGCUGUUCAUGACUGUUGUGGUUCCACUCAUAAUUGGACAGAUUGUCCGAAGAUACAUCAAGGAAUGGCUUGAGAGAAGGAAGCCUCCAUUUGGUGCUAUCAGCAGUUGUGUACUCUUGAUGAUCAUCUAUACAACAUUCUGUGAUACUUUCUCUAAUCCAAAUAUUGAUCUUGAUAAAUUUAGCCUGAUCAUAAUAGUUUUUAUAAGUAAGUACUAUUUAUGCUUUGGGCAUUUUUCAAAGAGCUGUGUAUUCUUAUUCCAGGAAGUGAGGACCAAAAUAAUCUGGAAAAUAUAUACUGUACUGAGUUUCUCUGUGUUGUGGCCAGAGUUUUAGGUACACUGAACAAUAUAUGCAUGUCUUUAGCAAUCUAUUCAAAGUUUAUUUCGGUCAAAGAUCAGUAUAAUACAAAAUAAUUAAAAAACUUUUUUGAAAUAGAAUAGCCAUCUAUUUAAUACUUUUGUCUCUGAUUGUAUUUUUGGAAGGUUUAUAUUCUUUUUAAUGUCUUAAUGCCAAUCUGUGCCUUUAAAUAUAUUGGUAAUACUUCAGUAGAAUGAAGUGAUUUCAAUUAAAAUAUGUACUAUUGCGGUCUACAAAAAUAGUAUAAUUUUAUAUAGCAAUAAUCCUUCAGUAUUUUUGUAAAUGGACAUUACUAGUCACCUUAUUUAUUUAUGUAUUUGAUUGAUUGAUUGAUUGAUUGAUUGAUUAUCUAAUAACAACAUUUCCCUGUUAUUAAAUAUUUUAAAAAUAAAAUUACUAUUAAGAUAAGAUAAAAUACUAGAACAAGGUACAACUUUGAAAAGAAUUGUUCUUUUAAAAAAUAAGUUUAUUGAUAAGAACUGCCUUCCGUGUAAACAGCAGUUGUAGAUUCUAAUAUCACAUAGAUGAUGGACUGUUACAAGAACUGACAAUAGCAUCAUGCACAAGAAGAAGAAAUUCUGAGGCGUACUGCUUUUGUGCAGUACUUCUAUGACGUCUUCAGCAAUUUCCCCAACCUAGAUUCUCUCCCAAGAAUUGAGAAUGGAGAAUUCUGUGAGAUUGACACAUCUGGAAAGAAUCCAAGUUGGGGAAUAUUACCUUCAAUUUAAUGUUCAUAAUUUACUAAUUAUAGCAAGUCUUAGAUUUACUUUCUAUUGUACUUCAGUAUCCUCUAUUCUUAAUCAGUUAAUAGGGAUAGAUACUGAUCCACAAUUACAGAAAUGCUUUAAAGUAACAAAAUGAUAUCAAAGUUUUCUAGCUGGGUAUUAUUAGUAAACUAGCAUUCUGAUAUUCUGUUUUUACAUAAACAGAAUGAGUUGUCUUCUAUGUGUGAAAUUUGGCCUGGAGAAUGUUUUUAAAGGAAGAUAGUUGGUUGGUUGUUUGCUUGGUUGAUUGGUUGCUUGGAUGG